AUGGGGCGAGGACCCCCACCCCCCCGGCCCCGAGGUGCGCGCGACGUGUGCAAGUUUCAGGAGAAUUUCCUGAGCCGGAUCCCCCUCCACACGAGGGCAGAGCCGUACGUCUGCUACCCAGAGAACAUCCGGGAGGAGUUACUGAGGGACAUGGUCUUGGCCCCGCUCGCAGGUGUCGGGGGGGGGCCUCGAGCCCCCCCUCAGCUCUUGCCCAACCCCAGCUUGGGCAUCUCUGCUACCUGCUCAAACUCGGAACCUACCGAAACCCCCCUGAGGUGGCUGUGGAUGCGUGGGAGGAAGCUGCUCAGAGUGGAAGUUCGAGGUUCCGCCUUUUACUACCUUCUCCCCGAGCGCCAGGUCUUCCAGUCAAUUGCCUUCUGCUCUACCGACCCACGGCCAGUGGGGUCAGAAGCAGGGGAUGGGACAUGCCCUGGGCAGCUAAUAAGCCCUUGACAGGGGCAUGACCCGCCACGUGAGACUUGUGCGGCGCUGCCUUCUGGUGGAGGGUGGAUCAUGUGCUCUAGGCCCAGAGGCUACUGGGCGCUGAGCCAGAAGCUCCUUCCUGGUAGUGGUCACUGGCCAACGGCGAGGUCUCCAGGAACAGGAAAGGAAGCAUGUCUGACCAGGGCGCUCUCCUGAUCUGAUCGUCUUUAUCACGGAAGAAGUGGACACUCCUACAAGCUACACCCUCUGUUUCUCCGUAGGAGAGUCACGGCCCCAGGACCAGCUAUGGAUCAAGAGGCUUGUGAUGCACAAGGUUGUUCCCGUGUGGCUCAGGGCCCUGCUAGACGCCGCCCUAUUAGGGGACGCAGCCUUUCUACAGAGCACUGUGGACCUAACAUUUCCAACAGCUGCCCACUCUCCCCUUCCUUCCACCAGGACAAGGCCUACCUCCAGAACCUGGUGGAGGAAUGAAUUUCUAGUUCGCAGGGGAGGCCUGAGCCCUCACUCCUUAUUGUAAAGAUCCCUUGCCCCUUACCUCUACCAGUAAACUGGUCCUUGCCGUGGCCAAACAAACACACCCUCAAAUCUAAAGCUCUGUGUAGAUAGAAGAGUGGAAGACCAUACUCUGAUAUUGUCCCAAAAUAUGAUUCUUCAGAGAUAGCCAUUGCUAAGGAUAUUUUAGAGGUGGGGAGUCUACAAGGCAAAUCCAGUUCACAGAUGAGCACUUACAAUAUAUUUUAAGUAUUUCUAAUGGUUGCUACAAAAUAAAAAUCAGGAGGUUCAACUGAAAUAUGUUCGUGGAGCUUUCAAGGUGGCAGAGAAGUAAAUAGGCUAUCACAAAGUAGCAUGAAAAAUACCAUGAUUUAUAGGUUUUCAGGCAAAAUCCAAAGAUCUGCAAACUCAUUAGCAGAGAUUAGCUGAAGCCGAGUGCCGUCAGUGGUGUCAGUUGCUUUCACAUAGGGUGUGUUCUCAAGGUUGUCACAGUCCCUACCUGACCCAUUUAUAAAACCAGUCUGGCCCCCUUAUGCAUUUGAGUUUUGCAGUCAUUGAUGUCUGUCCUUACAAAAUCUUUCUGUAAUAUCAUAAGUGUGAUGAGCACUGCCUACAGACUUCUUUUCCAUUAUAUCCAUGUCAGUGUAUACAACUUUACCUAUUUAUUCCUCUGUAUGACUUCCCCAGUCCCUUCCUUCUGGAUAUUUCAGCUAGCUCCAUUUAUCUUUAAUUACAAACAAUGAAACAGUAAAUACCCUUGUUUGUAUCUUUGCAUAUUUUGUGGGCAUUUCUCUUGAAUAAAAUUCUAAAUGGGAAAUUACUGAGUAAAAAGAAACACAUUUAAAAUUUCG